AUGCCAGAGCCUGGACUCGACAUCUUGGGCAAAAGGUUGGGGAACUGGAAAGUUCUCCUUUCCCCCAAAGCCCUCAAGAGGAAUUUCGGAUCUAUUGAACAGAAGUUACGCGAACUGGCCUCCGGAUCAUGGGAACACCCCCGGCUUUACUACGGCAUCGGUAGUGAACAGCAGAGAAAGAAACUCCGAGUUCCACUUGCUGCCACUCGAUGUAACGCGCAAACCUCUAUUUUGUGGCAAGUUGACAUUGCCUCGGAUGAUACGCCUCAUACCGAGUGCCAGGUGGUCAAAAUCUGGGAGGUCGCCGAUGAAACUGAGCUGGCACAAGUGAUUGACCGUGUCAUUUUACUUCAGAAAUCGUGUCCAGACGAACUUUUCACACAAUGCCGCCAGAAAGGAUUAGAAGAUACCGCCAAAAACCUCCUUCCGAGGUCCUUUACUAGCCAUUCAGACACUGCGAAGCCAGGAGAAGAAGUGCAAGGGCUGGAUGUUAGAACAGUCGACCGAGAAGUGCUCCAAAUGGUGAAUCGCUUCUAUACCCUUACUGAACCAAUGAUUCGCUCAGUUCUGGCAAAUGACCUAUGGGCAGAAUUUCCAUUUGACUUUUCUAGUGACGAAACACGGGUCAUUCUGCAUUUUGAUACCUCCAACCUCAUCCUAGGUCGGAGCGGCACAGGCAAGACAACAUGCCUUGUAUUUAAGCUGCUUGCAAAGUACGCAGCUGGCUGUGCUUUGAUGGAGGAACGAUCGCCGAGGCAGUUGCUUCUUACAAGAUCUGCCGAGCUUGCUAACAAGCUCAAAGACUAUAUCGAUAGGCUGGUGAGGGCAUUGCCGAAGAAAUCCAUCGAUGCAGGCCAGGAGCAGGAGACAGAGUUACCACUGCCAGAUGUUGGGACUGAAGAUGAUCAGCCUUCUACCGUCUUUCAGCUGCAAAAUCGUUCGUUCCCUUUGGUAUGUACAUUCGAUCGUCUUUUGGAACUAUUUGAGAACACUGUCGACUACGUGGAUCGGGAGGGGUUUCCAGUCACCAAUGAAGAUGAAAAUGAUGAUACCCAGGAAAAAGAUCAGUCUGACCAGUCGGAGAGCUCUGAAGAAGAAAUUCCAUGGUGGCAGCCAUCGACAAAAUCCACGAUCGCGCAAUUCAUUGACUCUCAAUCUUUCAGAUUGGAUUAUUGGCCGAGAUUUCCAGCCAACCUUGUCAAGAAUCUACCGGUAGAACUUGCCUUCGCCGAGAUCAUAGGAGUUAUCCAGGGCUCCAUCUCAUCUCGGGAAACGCUGAAGCCUCUCUCACGUGAAGCUUACUUGGAGCUCAGCAGCAGGGUGGCCCCAACCUUUACUCUCGAAACUGAGAAGUCACAGAUUUACGACUUAUUCGAGAAAUAUCAGGCUUUGAAGCUUCAACGACGGGAGAUGGACGGCGUAGACCGCGUUACAAAGUUGAUCAAGGCGGUAAGAGAUAACCAAAGACUGAAAGACAUUAUGGGUGCGACGUUUGAUGAGAUUUACAUCGACGAAGUACAAGACUUGCGAUGCCUACACAUCGAAUUGCUGCUAAGCAUACUAAACGAAGGUCGUGCCUUUCAUUUUGCUGGGGACACAGCACAGACCAUAUCGCAAGAUUCACAUUUCCGCUUUCAGGACAUUAAAGCACUGUUCUAUGACCAUUUCGCCGGUGCAGCCUCGUUGGCGAACCAGCCUGAGCUCUCGCGACCACGCCUUUUUAUGUUAGGAAAAAAUUACCGUUCGCACCAAGGCAUCCUUGGUCUAGCAUCUCUUGUGAUGGAGAUGCUAUGGAAUGGCUUUCCGGAGACUGUUGACAAACUCGAGCCCGAGAUCGGACAGAUUUAUGGCCCGAUACCUGUCUUCUUUCUCAAUUGCAACGUUCAAAUGCUGGCAUCAGGUGAUACUUCCUCUGAUGAGCACCCGAAACAAACUCUAGACUUCGGCGCCGAACAAGCAAUCAUUGUGCGCGAUCAGAGCACCAAAGCCAAGCUUCAGGCGGAACUCAAAGAUAAGGCUCUGAUUCUCACCGUCCUUCAAAGCAAAGGGAUGGAAUUCGAGGAUGUCUUCUUGUGGAAUUUUUUCACAGAUUCUCCCUGUCCUGGUGGAUGGAGAUGUCUAGAUACCUUGAAGACCAAGUCAGGAAAGUUUGACUCUAAAAAGUAUGCAGCAAUGUGCUCCGAGCUGAAACAGUUUUAUGUUGCUGUCACCAGAACACGCAUCCGUCUCUCAAUAAUCGAGAGCGAAGAAAUCUUGGCUGUGCGAGUAGCAGACCUCCUGAAGCAUGAUGUAUCAUCACCAUUAGUUGAAGUGACGACGUCCUCCGACCCAGACUUCCUCCAAGAGCUUUUGUCUUUGCGAUCUGUCUCGCAUGAUCCUUAUAAAUGGUCGGACCGAGGACAUGAAUUAAUGCAGCGCAAGCAAUUUGAUGAUGCAGUUAUCUGCUUUCGCAGAGCUAAAGACAAAGGUGGAGAAACAUGUACUACGGCUUACAUCUUCGAGGAGAAAGGACGGCAUCUGACUUCGAGCGGUGACGCUGGCGCAGCUCGGGAUUGUUUUCAGUCUGCAUUUCAGAAAUUUCUGGAGUUAGAUAUAAUCGCCGAAGCUGUACGAUGUCUUGAGAAAUUGGAAGAGUACCAUGAAGCGGCCUUGCUGUGGGCUCAAAGUGGGAAUUCUCUCAGAGCAGCACCAUUGUUUGCGAAAGCAGGUAUGUUCAAGGAAGCUUCAGACCACUUCCACAAAGCUCGAAAUUACGACAAGGCAGUAGAUGCCCUUCGGCAGGGUGACCUAGCUGAGAAUUUGGUACCAUAUGUUACAGAAAAUCAAAAGAAGCUGAGCCCAAGAAGCUUUAAAAGCCAUAGCCGCUUUUGCAUUUACCUCUUGCAGCAGAACAAUAUAGGCUCUCAUCUGCUUACACCGGCAAUCAGGCUUCUCGGAUCUCCUAAAGAGCAGAAGGAAGCAUUCAUGGCGUACGAGAUACAUGAUCAGCUAGCAGACCUCUAUGCCGAGCAACGGAAGUUCAAAGAACGUCUCUUACUUUUCUUUAGGAUUGGGAAGCUUGGUCAUGCGUUGAAGGCCAUCACCGAUCGUAGCCCUGCUGAUACCAAUUCUAAAAGUGUUAAAGAGGCUCAACAGAGAGUCCAGAACUACUAUUUUGCGAGUCAAAUCGUCUGUCCACGUCGGGAUGAGGUGCAAAUUCCACAUCAACUUCUAUCAUCGAACUCCGACUGGAUUACUGCGCAGCGCUUGAUGACCAGUAAGCAGCGAGGGGCCAUCAUCGGAAAUAUUGAGACAAUCAAAAACGGCGUAGUAAAGGACUUCCUACGGCUUCAUGCACUUCUGAAUCUCGGGCUGCUUGAUAUAGUACCUACCCUGGAUGCGGUUCCUUUCUGUGGCAUUGAGACAGUCUUCAAAAUGGCCGAGGGAGUCUCUUCUCUUGCUGAGCACACUCAUGAUCCAAUCAUCUUACUCCUCACUGGGGUUAUGAAGGUCGACCAUGGAACGAAGCCAUUUAUCCUGCUUAAGUGGUCCCCCUUCAUGAAUUCGCGGCCAAUGUCAACGCCAUAG